AAUGUAAAAUUUGUUUUCAUCAACACUCUGAUGACCUGGAUGGACGCUCGGAGCUACUGCAGGGAACGCCAUACAGAGCUGGCCAUUCCCAGGACCCUGGCGGAGAACGAAGAGAUCAGGGCGGUGAUCCCAGCAGGUCUGUUCAGCUGGAUGGGCCUUUAUAGAGAAAACUAUAAGUGGUCGGAUGGAACCAUGUAUGUGUUUGAAAGCUGGGCACCAGGUGAUCCUCACGGCGGGGUAGAAAAAUGUACAGGUGCUUAUUUCACAGCCAAGGGACACUGGGCCGACUGGACAUGUGAUCUAAGGAAACCCUUUAUCUGCCACCAUGACCUGCCGUUCACAAAGCAAGUGGUGAAAGUGAAGCUGGUGGGAAACUCUGCUGUGGAUCUGAAUGAUCCUGCUGUCCUGGAGAAGCUGCAGGAAAAGCUCCAGCAGAAGCUGCAGGAGACGAACUCGGCUGCAGAAGUCAAACUGAGCUGGAAGAAACAUCUGGAUGGAACGACCUUCUACAAGGAGAAAAAGGAGCUAAAAUGACAUGAUGAUGAUGAUGAUGAUGAUAUGAUGAUGAUGAUGAUGAUGAUGAUGAUGAUGAUGAUGAUGAUGAUGAUGAU